AUGUAUUGGCCACUCGCCCUUGUACUUACCCUCCUGGUUGUCUAUGUUGCCCUCAGACCGUCCACCAAGUUUAACCUCCCAGACAGCCCUCGAGUACUUCUCAAUGAGAAAGACCGCCGCACCAAACUUCACCUCUACCUUGAUCUGUGGGCAAAAACAUACGGAGACUUCUUCUCAUAUCGAAUAGGCCGCUCUACCGCAAUCGUGCUCAGCAGUAUGCAAGCUAUUGAGGAGCUCCUGAUCAAGAAGGGUCACAUUUACAGCUCGCGCCCGACGAGUUCGUCCCAGGCAGACAUCAUUACCGGGAAGGCAAGGAUUGUGAACAUGCCAUAUGGAGAAGAGUUCAGGAACGCAAAGAUCUUCCUCCCUUACCAGGAGUAUGAGAGUCGCCAAACUCUGAGAAACCUGCUGCACAGUCCUGAACUCUUCUACUCGGAAAUGUCGCGGUACUCGGCCAGUGUGACGUUCUCGCUUUUAGUUGGCGCUCGCUUUGACCGCUCGGAUGCUUUCCUCCCAACGAUAAUUGGUGAAAUGAUGCAGAAAUUCUUUAACAAUAUCACGCCGGGAGCCUGGCUUGUCGACCUCUAUCCCUUCCUGGACUAUCUUCCUGGAUUCCUUGCUCCCUGGAGGUCCCAAGCAUACUCUAUUCAUCUGGAAUUGCGCAACUUCUGGAACGUAUUCUUCCAUUCCAUCGAAGAGCGAGUCAGGGAAGGUACUGCGCCGGAUUGCUUUCUGAGCAGAUUUAUCCAAGAUCCUGAAUCACAGCAUCUGAGCGAGAUUGAACGGAUCACUGUGGCGGCCGAGCUACUCACGGCGGGCACUGAGACGACGGCGACGACCCUGCAAUGGUUUUUCAAGUUGUGUGCCAAACAGUCGGAAUGGAUCCCCGAGGCCCAAAAAGAGCUGGAUACUGUCGUUGGGAGAGAUCGCUUGCCCAAUUUCAGUGACAGGGAAAGUCUGCCAUACAUUACAGCUGUGAACGAUACGUACCGCGGCACCACCAUUGCCAAAUCCACAGUGGUAAUCCCGAAUACGUACGCUGUGCAUCACUCGGAUGAGUACUUUGCGAACUCGUCUGCGUUUCUUCCAGGACGGUGGCUUUCGCCCGAAGACCCGCGGCACAUCCACGACGGUGCAAAGACGGCCAAUCACCUUGCAUUCGGCCUCGGGAGAAGAGAAUGCCCCGGCAAGCAUGUUGCGGAUUCGAGCCUGUUCAUUGUUAUUAGCCGGAUUCUGUGGGCCUUUGACAUUGAACGUGACAACCCUCCUCCAAGCGAUGAAACAGUGGGAGCACUUCCAGUCCUAGGUUGCGCCUCGUUCAAAUGCAGAAUAACUCCUCGGUCGGAAGAUGCUGCGAGAAAGAUUCAUCUGUUUGCAGACCACAUCGACCCGGGACUACACGUGGAGGAUGGGAGCACCUACGAUGCGCAGGUGCAAGCCGUAUUGAGCCAAAGUCGAAUUUGA